AUGGAUCCCCAGGUAGAAGAUCGGCAACAGGAAGAGAUUACCGCGCUCCAGAGUAUUUAUGACCAAGACUUCACCGUACGCGAGGCGAAGGCGUGGAAGGGCGCACAACGCCUCGCCGAAUUCAAUAUCAAAGUCGCCCACCCCCAAGAAGAACAUGCAGAACAUAUCUAUUUCUAUCUACACACUAUUUUCCCCAAGACAUAUCCUGUGCUAGCAUGCCCUACGUUCAGAGUUGAGCAGGCUACCGGGCUCAACAGAGCUCAGGCAGCGAAGUUGGAGCACGCAAUACAGCAAGAAGCGCAGAAGUACAAGGGCCAGGAGAUGGUUUUCCAGAUAGUGACUUUCGCUCAAGAAUGGAUGAAUGAGAACGUCAAGCCUCCCAGCGAGGUUUCCGGCUCUCUUGCUGUGCAGAUGAGUCGUCGCGCCGCCGAACAGGAGAAGGCUAAGAAGCAGCGAGAAGAGGAGGAAGCUGCGGAGCAGCAGCAGCGUGCUGCGGAACUCGCUGAACAGCUUAACGAGCAGAUCCGCGAGAAUGCGUACCAACAACAGCAGGAGCGCGAACGCAUGCAGCAGCUAGCCCGUAAGCGCGCGAUGUCGGAUGCGACGACGGUGGGGCCCACGGAUGAUACCAUGGUUGAGAGCCCGGGCCAGUUCGAGGUCUUCGACAAGGAGAUCCACUGGAAGAAUGCCUCGUUCAACCGAGUCAGAUUGUUCAACCCACGUCAAGAGGGACUAGGGACUGUUUACCAGGCAGAGCCCGUUGUGGAGAAGUCGUUCGAAGCGAUUCCGCUCGAAGUCAUCUCGAUCACCUUCAUGUCCGAUCAUUACAAGCGGCCGCAGGGUCUCAAGAAGUUGAAGGAGCUCGAAGGCGAGAUUCGGCGCAUCACGACGAUCCGCCACGUCAACCUGCUCGCGGUACUGGGGGCCAAGCUGAUCAUCCCUCGCGCGCCUGACAAUCCGCGUCUGGUCAUUCUCACGGAGCAACGACCUUCAGUCACGCUACAUGACGUCCUCGAGGACACCGACCAUCUUCGUGAGGACCGCACGACGGAUUAUCUUGGGCAAAUCCUGGCGGCGAUGAACACCCUUCACGCGGCUGGGAUCAUGCACAAAGGUCUCAACCUGAAGUGCAUCGGUCUUGCGCCGCGCGACAGCUAUGGCCCGAACAAGCUCAUCAAGAUCUUCAACGUCUGCUAUCACACUUGUUUGCUUGCCCUGCAUAGAUCGAACAACAUCGGGUUCGCCGGCGAUCCACAAGUCGAAGACAUGCAGGUCCCCGAAGGCUGGACACCCCAGGACACGACGGAGUCGACCCUUGUGUUCACGAAGGGCAGGGAUAUCCAUGCUGUGGGGAUCGCUCUUGUUCAGAUGCUCAUGGGACGCGACGUCAUGGACAGGUUCCCCGAUCCGCAGAGUGCGCUGCAUACCACCUCCAUAUCUCCCUUCCUCCAGCAGAAGGCCGCGAUUAUGCUUUCUACGACGAGGAAGAACGGUGUUUCCGCGCAGAGCCUCCUUGGGGACUUCAUGUCUACGUCGUCGCAGUCCACGAGCCAUGUCCGCACUCCGACUAUCCCUUUCUCGGGCCCGAAGACCCCGAUGGUCAACGGCUUCUUCACAGGAUCUCCUGAGACGGAUUACUUCAGGAUGCCCCCGCCGAAGCCGAAGCACGCAAGCAGAUGGAAGGAAGACUGGGAGGAGCUCGAGCUACUCGGCCGCGGCGGCUACGGCGAGGUCGUGAAGGCGCGGAACCGGAUCGACAACCGGAUCUACGCCGUGAAGCGGAUCAAGCUGCGCAACGUGCAGAACGACAAGAUCUUCCGCGAGGUGAACGCGCUGAGCCGGCUGAACCACCGCUUCAUCGUGCGCUACUACACGACGUGGGUCGAGACGACCGAGGACGGCUCGUCGACGGCGAACUCCGACGUGGACUCGAGCAUGUCCGACAACACGACGGACGGCAUGACGUCCGUCCCGCACGCGUACGGGGACCGCAGCGACGACACCGCGGAGGACCACAUCACGACGUUUGAUAUGAAUGAUUUGGACUCACCGAGCAAGCACUCGUUCCCGAGCAUACACUUUGGCUCGCAUUCGGGGGACGAUGUGGGGAGCGACUCGACGAGCGAUAGUGAUGAUUUGUUUGCAGAUGAGGUAUUCGUGACUGCUGGGAAACCGAGAGCGAUUCCGAACAACGGGAAUGGCGGUAGACAUGUUCCGCCUCCUCCCCUGCCGAAGCCUGCAGCGCGGAUACUGUACAUCCAGAUGGAAUACGUCGAGCGGCAGACUCUGCGGGAGCAAAUCAACGAAGGCCUCGACGAGCAGAAUGCCUGGCGGCUGUUCCACCAGAUCUUGGACGCGCUCGUUCACAUGUCGAGCCUUGGCAUUCUGCAUCGCGACAUCAAGCUGACCAACAUUUUCAUUGACGGGAAGGGAGAUGUCAAAGUCGGAGACUUUGGUCUUGCAACGUCUAGUCUCGCCGCGGUAGAUCCCUCGGAUGUCGCGCCAACCAUAUCUAGACACGAAGAUGUGACGUUAGACGUGGGCACCGCACUUUACAUCGCGCCAGAACUGCAGUCUAGACGGAAGGGUCCACGCAACAGCGCGAAGGCUGACAUGUACAGCCUGGGGAUCGUCUUUUUCGAGAUGAACUACUUCUUCAAGACGGACUCCGAGCGCUGGACAGUUCUGCUUGGGUUGCGGGCGCCUGCCGUCAAUUUCCCCAGCGACUGGGAUAACAAACGCGCCGGGCAGCGCCAAAUCAUCAAGUGGCUCCUGGAGCACGACCCAGACAAGAGGCCUACGGCUAUGGAGCUCUCGCAGAGUCCGCUGCUCCCACCCCGGUUGGAGGACGAGUACGUCAAGAGCGCGAUGAAGCUCAUCGCCAAGCCCGACUCGCCGCAUCUCCAGGCUGUGCUCUCGACGCUCUUCAGUCAACCUGUCAAGGCAGUGCGGACGUAUCUUUACGACGCCGAUGCUGAGCCGCCUGAGCAUUCCGCACUGAACACGCUCGUGAUCGAGCGCCUCGCGCAGAUCUUCCACCUGCACGGAGCUGUUGACAUCGAGCCUCCUCUGCUUAUGCCCGUGACGAAUGCGAAGGAUGAUCGUAGCCGGGCGCUGUACCUUGACCGGCAUGGCGAGGUCGUCACACUUCCUAACAACGCCCUCGUCCCGUUUGCUCGUGCCGCCGCGCGCGCUGACCUCAAGCGUAUCAAGCGGUACCACAUCAGCGACGUCUAUCAUCCCAACGUCAUCGCAGGACAUCCGAGGGCGUCGAAGGUUGCGGUAUUCGAUAUCAUCACGCCCGACCUCAUCACGGGCCAGACCGCGGCUGCGUCCGAGGCCAUCUCGAUCGUGAGCGACUGCUUGGACAACUUCGGCAAUCUCUGGCAACACUAUGAGAUUCAUCUCUCUCAUUCUCGGAUCCUCGAGCAAGCCAUGGAGCAAGUGGACCCGGAGAUUCGUGCGGACACCAUCGAGAUCCUGAACCAGUCCAAGUCGUCCACCUCUCAGAAACGCUCAGCCCUGAUCCGGAAGGGCGUGACGAGGUCGGCCAGCGACUGGCUUGAGGUGCUCUCUGACACAACAGACGAGUCGGUUGACGCCUUUGUCGAGCGCCUGGAUAAGUCAUUCCCCCCGCUGCGCGAGCUGCUCGACUCGUAUAUCCAAGACAUGAAGACGACUGUGCAGUUUGCGAGCGCCUCCGGUGUCACACGCCCUAUGAAGGUGAACCCGCUCAUGCUCCACAGUCGCACACCGUACUACGCAGACGGAGUGUGCUUUGAAGUCGUGCGGAAGAACAAGUACUCCGACGUGCUCGCAACUGGUGGACGGUAUGACCAUGUGAUCAGGCGGUACUCCCCUCCGAAGCCCAAGGCGGAACUGAGCUGCGCCGUCGCCGUCCAGAUCUACCUGGACAAGAUCACCGUCGCCCUCGCAGCGUACCAGAAUGCCUCGCUUCGCACGCUCCUCAAGGAGCAGAAGUCGUUCGGGUACUGGAGCCCCCGGCGAUGCGACGUCUACGUCGUGUCGUACCAGCCGGGAUACCUCACAGAGCGCCUUGAGAUUGCGGCGACCUUGUGGAAGCACAACAUCAGUGCGGACGUGAUGUACGAGGCGUCUCUGCGGGGCUUGGGUGAGAGCGAGAACCAUGUCGAGCAAUGCUCCCGGGAGGGAAUUCUCUUCAUCGUGCAUGCCAAACCUCGAGUUGGCUCGGCACUCGUGUACAAAGUUAAGAGCGUACUCCGAGGCACAGAGACUGAAGUGUCCCCACAAGAGCUUGUUUCGUUCCUGCAACAGCAGAUCGCAGAGCAGAAGCGAAUCGACGCGACUACUUCCGGCGCAGCGAUGAUCGAGAAUGGGCAACCGCUGCCGGCCACAAAGGAGCCGUCCUCCUCUGGGGAGACGUUGAUGGUCCUGCCAGGCGACAUCAAGAAGCAGCGCAAGGGGACCAAGUCGGUUAUGAUGAACAAGGCUCACGAUCAUACUGUUGCACUCAAGAGCUCCCUACCACGCACACGGACUAUCGCAGUAGACGUCCCGACUCUAGUAUUCGAAGAGAUGGCGAAGAACAUGGACUGGCUUUCGAGCGACGAAGCGCUGCGGACAAUUGCUACGGGGCUCCCCGCACAGUACGGCCACUAUGCCCACCAGAUUCGGGAAGCGGUGAACAAACAGAAGGGGGACGGACGAUAUGUGCUACUAUAUGGGAUCCGCCAGGAACGACUCGCGCUGCUCACUUUGACUUAG